AUGUCUGGUCGAGGCAAGGUGGGCGGCGGGAAGACGCGGAGCAAGGCGAAGUCGCGCUCCUCGCGCGCCGGCCUGCAGUUCCCGGUGGGCCGCGUGCAUCGGCUGCUGCGGCGCGGACGCUACGCGGAGCGGGUGGGCGCCGGAGCCCCCGUCUACCUGGCGGCGGUGCUGGAGUACCUGACGGCCGAGAUCCUGGAGCUGGCGGGCAACGCGGCGCGCGACAACCGCAAGACCCGCAUCGUCCCGCGGCACGUCCAGCUGGCGGUGCGCAACGACGAGGAGCUCAGCCGCCUCCUGGGCCGCGUCACCAUCGCGCAGGGCGGCGUCCUGCCCAACAUCCCCGCCGCGCUCCUGCCCCGGAAGGCCGCGGCUCAGGGUGGCGGAGCGGCCGGACGGAAGAAGGGCGCCCUCCAGGCCUCGCAGGAGUACUAGGCGCGGCGGCGAAGAGCGAGCCGAGGCUGCGGAGCUGGAGUAGUGGGCCCCGUGCGGCGCCACGUGCUUGGACUCGGG